CAUUAUCUUUGUUCUAUAGAAAAAAUUACCGAAUCAUCAAACAGCUUAGACAUCAGUCCGGUUGGUGAGGCUCAUCCUGGCAGCCUUGGAGCCCCUCCGGCUGCAUUGGCUGCAGCCGCCAUGGUGAGAGCAGUAGCAGGUGAGACAGUAACCCAGCCCUUCUCACUUAAUGAACGCUAUUCCUGUACUACUGCCAUUCCCGAAGACCAAAUGGAUGUGCAUCAGCAGCGACAGCAGCGACAGCCUCAUCCUCAUUUAGCCGAAUCAGCAUUUGCGUUGCCCAACGUCUACUCAUCUUCAGGCCUUAUUGGCACAUAUUAUGAUGGCCAUGUAAGAAUUUCGAACUUGGCCAGUGGCGAGCGCCAAAAACACGGCGAACAUGGGCUUGGUGGUAAGAAGCUGCAUUAA